GUGCAUCUUCCCAAAACCUGAACAAGUUUAUAGAAAGCUUGUCCAGGAACCAACUGUUGGACCAUCCAGCCAUCGUCAUAUACGCCAUGAUUGGAAACGAUGUCUGCAAUGGGAAUAGUGACCCAGUCCCAAAAAUGACCACUCCUGAGAAAUUGUACUCCAACGUCAUGCAGACUCUGAAGCAUCUGAAUUCCCACCUGCCCAAGGGCAGCCACGUUAUUUUUUAUGGCUUACCAGAUGGAACCUUUCUCUGGGAUCAUUUGCACAGCAGAUAUCAUCCUCUCGGCCAGCUAAAUAGAGACGUGACCUACGCGCAGCUGUACUCCUUCCUGAGCUGCCUCCAGGUCAGCCCCUGCCAUGGCUGGAUGUCUUCCAACAAGACGCUCCGGACUCUCACUUCAGAGAGAGCAGAACAACUCUCCAAUACACUGAAAAAAAUUGCAACCAGCAAGAAAUUUAUGAACUUCGAUCUUUUCUACAUGGAUUUUGCCUUUCAAGAAAUCCUAGGAGAGUGGCAGAAGAGAGGCGGGCAGCCCUGGCAGCUCAUUGAAUCAGUGGACGGAUUCCACCCCAACGAGGUGGCGUCCCUGCUGUUGGCAGACCGCUUCUGGAAGAAGGUACGACGCCAGUGGCCCCAGGUCCUAGGAAAGGAGAAUCCAUUCAACCCCCAAAUCGAGCAGGUGUUUGGAGACCAAGGAGGGCACUGAGUCUCUCAGGAACCCACAGCCCUGGGGAUUCGGGGAGGCAGAAACUUGGGCAAACUCAUUCGACAGACCAGUGUGGGGCUGCCGCGUGAGGCCCAAAGGACUCUCUCUCAGCAGCAUCUUUGCAAAAUGCUUUCCUCUCAAUCUAGAGCAAGUCUGAAUGACAGUGUGAUGCUGUGUGCUUUUGGAAUCAGUCCUCUCUGUCCCUGAAACGAUCGUUACUAAAGUGCUUUGGGUGCCAUUCCAA